AUGGCGGUUGGCACGCAGAGGCCCUGGGGCUUCGGAUGGCGCUCGUCGCAGUUGUUUAUCAUCACCACAGCUACUAUCAGCUUGUUCUCUGAAUGUUUCCUGUUCGGAUUCAUUGUGCCAAUCCUCCCGUAUAUGCUCGAGAGACGCUUGCAUCUCGAUCCAUCACACACCCAGACCUUCACCACCACUCUCUUGACCCUCUACGGCGUCAUCUCUCUUCUCGCUGCUCCAGUCGUCGCGCAUUUCGCCGACAAAACACCCAGUAGAAAGACCCCGCUGCUGCUCUCUCUAGCAGCAUGCACGUCGGGCACUAUUCUCGUCGCCUGCUCCCGGGCCGUCUGGGUCCUCAUGACUGGCCAAGUCCUCCAGUCUCUGGCCAGCUCCGGCGUCUGGAUCGUCGCAUUCGCUACCCUGGUCGAUAAUGUCGAUGGCGAGAACAAGGGCAAGGUUACAGGGACUGCAAUGUCCAUCGUCGGAACCGGAAUUCUCGCUGGGCCUAUGGUCUCCGGUAUCCUCCUGCAGCUGUUCGGAUACUGGCCUGCGUGGUCGGCUGCUCUGGUCCUUCUCGCUGUAGACUUCUUUAUGCGUCUCGUCAUGAUAGACAAUCGAUCAGCCUUACCGACUUCUCCGGACUCGACUGAGCCCGAACAGACUGCCCUCCUCGCCGACCAAAGCGAUCAUCAAACUCCUACCGAUGGCCAAAAAACAGAUACUAACCCCGAAUCAGCCCGCGGCUUCUACAGCAUCAUGCUCCGUAACCCCCAAAUCGUCGCAUCGAUCUUCAACACCCUCCUCAUGUCCACCGUCCUCGCCAGCUUCGACACCACACUCCCCUUGCACGUCCGCGAAGUCUUCGGCUGGGGCUCUCUCCCCGUCGGCCUUCUCUUCCUCGGACUGAAUCUGCCGCCUAUCGUCCUGGGACCUGUGGUCGGGCGGACGCGCGACCAUCUCGGUCUCCGCUGGCCAACAACGAUCGGGUGGGCGCUGACGACACCUUUGCUUUGGUUGAUGGCUGUUCCGGGGGAGGAUUUAUCCUGGGGUAGACUCGAAAAGGGAGGUGAAGGGGUUUAUAUUGGUGCGAUUGUUGGGUUGGGUUUUGCGUUUGCGUUGACGAGGGGUGCCGGGUCGUUUCAGAUGAUGGCCGUCAUGCACGAACUCGAGUCCAAAAACCCUGCUAUAUUCGGUCCGUAUGGUGGGAACUCGCGACUGUCCAGUCUAACUGAAGUCCCGUUUACUGUCGGGAUGGUACUUGGGCCGUUAUUGUCGGGGACUUUCUCUGAGCUUAUUGGAUAUUAUUAUAUGAAUUGCAUACUUGGUAUGGAACUACCUUUAUUCUUCUCUUCUGGUUGA